AUGGUGCGCGCGGGAGGCGACGGCCACUCCCUGCGCCCCGGGCGCCGCGGGCUUCACUGCGGACAGGGCCGCGCCGCCGCCCGCAGCCCCCCGCAUCCUCCUCCUCCGCCUCCUCCUCCUCCUCCUCUUCCUCCUCCUCCGCCUUCGCCGCCGCCGCCGCGCCUCCUGGCUCUGCCCCCGCCGGCGCCGCCGCGCCGCCCGGAGCCUCCCUCCGCCGGAGCGCGCGGCGCCGCCGCGGCAUCCCGCACCGCCCGGGCCGGCUGGGCUGGGGGCGCCGCCGCCGCGCCAGCUGCGGGCUCGGGAGGCGGCCGGGAGGGAGGCUGGGCCCAGGACGCAAGGCGGCGACAAGUCGCGUUUGGCCCCAGGUCCCUGCCUGGUGCCACCGCAGCUCAGUGCGCGUCAAAUCUGAAGAAGAUCUACACGGUGCAGACAGUGCAGAUAUUCUGGAGUGUGUACAAUAAUAUCCCUCCGGUGACUAGCCUGCCUUUGAGAUGUAGUUAUCACUUAAUGAGAGGAGAGAGGCGACCGCUUUGGGAAGAGGAGAGCAAUGCAAAGGGUGGCGUAUGGAAGAUGAAAGUUCCCAAAGACAGCACGUCCACAGUUUGGAAAGAGUUGUUGUUAGCAACUAUCGGGGAGCAAUUCACAGAUCGCGCGGCUGCAGAUGACGAAGUGAUAGGAGUUAGUGUCAGCAUUCGGGACCGAGAAGACGUCGUCCAAGUCUGGAAUGUAAAUGCCUCCUUAGUCGGGGAAGCGACUGUUCUAGAAAAGAUCUAUGAACUUCUGCCCCACAUAACUUUUAAAGCAGUAUUUUAUAAACCCCAUGAAGAGCAUCAUGCUUUUGAAGGUGGACGUGGAAAACACUAAUUGCACUCUGUAAAGAAUUCUUUGUCCUUUGCUGAUUGGUUUUGGAGACGGUCUUAACAGGAGGGAGAGUGAAGAGAAGACAUGCUGAAGCCCUGAUGCUGGUCAAUUUAGACUGGGUUUCUGUUCUUGCAGACUGGCCAAUUAGGACUCGAAGCGGCAGGUGGGGUGGGGGGAGAUUGUGUGUAUUUCUACCGUGGCAUUAUUUGCUUAAAAAAAAAAAAAUUUUUUUUUUUGGGGGGUGGGCUUUCUAAAUUCUCCAUUCUUUUCACUCUGAAUUUUUUUUUUUUUUUGCCCUUUAAAAUUCCUUAUUCAGUCUAAUUAUUGUUUUCUACACUCCCCUUUUCAUUGAGGCACAAGAAAAUUGGUUCCCCGUUUAAGCAGCUCUGCUGUACCUAGUUAAUGAGAAAUAUGCAUAAUCACGACAAUGCUGCUUUUGGAAACCACACUGUGUACAGAGAGGAAUACGAGCUUGGUCAAACCUGUCUUCUGCUUAUUUGUUGUGACACAUUUCUACGUACCAUGAGCUGGGCAUUGUUUUUUUUCUGUCCCAGGGAAAAGAAAAACCAUACUUAAUCUGAAUUUGCACUGACAGCACACACA